AUGGACCAAAUCUUUUCUGCAAUUCCAGUGGCUGCCUCAAUUUGGAACAACUUUGCGCCCCCAAAAGUGAAAUUUUUUGGGUGGUUAGCUUGGCUUAGUAAGGUUAAAACCUCUUCUUUCCUUUAUAGAAUUGGAAUCCUCACAGGAAGUGCAAAUCUUAGCUGUGUAUUUUGUCAUGAAGAGGUUGAAACAGUAGAACAUAUUUUGCUCUACUGCCCUUUUGUGUGGCUGCUUUGGUCAGAUAUUAUCCACUGGUGGGGAUUACAGUGGGUGAUUCCAGGAUCUGUGCAUGGUUUGUUGGAAUGGUGGUCUGGAUGUAGAAUGCAGAAGUUUGAGAAGAAAAUCUGGAUGGUAAUAUCUUUGGGCACUCUCUGGUCCACUUGGAAGCACAGAAAUGACUGUGUCUUUAAUGGUUCUCAACCAAAUUUGGAAGCUUUGUGUGAAUUAGUGAAGGUUAGAGUUGCUAUGUGGUUCAAAGCAUCGAAACUUCAGGUGGAUUUCUCUAUAAAUGAUUUGGUCUUUAAUCUGCCACAGGUGAAAUAUUGUAUCAGGAAUGGAGGUUGA